UAAAUCUUGCCUUCUAUUCUCACACUGCACAAACUACCAACCAAAAUACACUGUAAUUUUUUAAUUCUCAUUAAAACUGUCGAAAUCACAUACAUAAAUUUCCCUAUGUUAUCAAACUUAGUCAAAAAAAAAAAAUUAUGCGUGUGAUAAAAGCCAAGCAAAUUCCUAUGUUAUCUUCUUUGAACUGUAAUCUCAAGGCCGACUGCUAUCUUCUUGACCUAGUAGGUAAAUGCUAUUUUCAGUUCCAUUACAAUCAUAUGUGAAUCUUUGAUUAUUUCGAUUUCAAUCAUAGUGUAGAUUGGUUCUUUCCCAGAAUCUGAAACACAUCAAGAUUUAUUCUUUUCUGUUCUUUUACUUUAAUGUUAGAUGAUUGGAGCUUCAAUCAGGGGAAUUUUUAGGUACUCCAACACAUUGUACCUUUUUUUUUUUGUGAUAUUAAGAUGGGGUUUUGGGGUUCGCUCAAAGUCUUUAAUCACUAUAGUGAUUGAGUUAUGGGAGCUCAAGGGAUGUAGGGAAAUGGGAAAAAAACAGUAAGGGAAAGAUUGAGUCACAAAUGAAGUGAAAUUAGGAGAAAAGUUUAGCAAAUUCACUUCAUUGAUGGAGCAAUAUCUUUAAAACUAUAAAGAGUAUAGGAAAGAUCAAGAACUAGUGGGGAUGGGGAUGCUUAUAAUAUGUCUCUAAGCUCUUGUAGGAAUGGAAAAUGGUUGUAGAAACUCAGGGUAUACACACUCGCAUGUCUAUUUCCUUGGCAUGUAUCAUAUUCUUGCUCUGAGGUUUACUUCUUUGGCAUUCAUCACACUCCUGCACUUGCACCAUCUUAUUGUUUAGGCUAAUUCAAAACUGGCUUUAGUUUCUAUUGAAUUGAUUUUCUUUUUUGAUUUAACCAUCCAGUAUCCAGUAUCCGGAAUCCACUGGCCCAGCUAAUUCGGAUUUCGCCCCGAGUAAGGCCCAAUUAAAGGGGAAACAUUCCCUACUAGUUUUUUCCAUUCUUAGGUAUCGAAUUCGAGACCUUUGGUUAAGGGUUAAGGGGUCCAUCCAUCCUCCACACUCCAUAGUGGUCCUAUUGAGUUUGAGUGCGCACCAACAACUGAAGCAUGCAUGAAUUCUAUAAGCUGUUUCCUGUGUUUCCUGCGUUUCCUGUGUUUCCUGCGUUUCCUGCGUUUGCCUGGCAUUGCCACCCAUGUCUUUCCUUGAUAUUUGAGCUCCCUAUCCUGAGGAGUUACAUGAGAAAUAGGAUGUUGAUUAAUGCUUGGGUUGUAAUACCCUUGAUUGUGUCAUCAUCUAGCCAUAGUCUUCUAUGACUUCCGUAUCCAUGUUGGUUGCCACUUGUUUAUAGCGUUGCAAGUAGAGUGUUCUACAACCCUUACUGAUUGUGCAUCAACUGUAUCAUUCUCAUCUGUUUUUCCAUAUUGGAUCUCAUAGCUUAGUUCCAAUAGUUCGGCCAACCCUUCACGUUGAGAUAAUGUUUGCGUCCUUAGAUACUUUAAGCUGAAAUGAUCAAUCUUGAUGAUAAAAUGAAACAGGUGUACAUGUUGUCUACAUUUUAUUACAGCUAGUGAGAGGUCUAUGAGCUCUUCUCCAUAGGUCGGGAGACCUUGAUGUUUGAUGCUAAGUGCUUGACAAGGAAAUGUAAUAGGUUUCCCUUCUUGCAUCACCACAUUAUGCGUCCUUUUACUUUUUGUUAUGCACUUUUACAAUAGAGGUUUUGGUAAAAUCCGGAGUUGUGCCUAUAUCAUGGCCUUUUUGAGGUCUAGGAAUACAGUGGCGGCUUCAUGGGAUCCGUGCAGAAACAUCCCUUCUUCAGUAGGAACAGUAAGGGGCCUGCUGACCAGUCCAUAACUUCAAUUAAGUCUUCUGUAAUAGAAUAUGAGGUCAAGGAAUUCGAUCAGCUCCUUGAUUGAGAGGGCAAUGGCCAAUUGUGCUUUCUUUUCUCCACUUCUGCUAACUUCUUUCAAGUAGCUACUUGCUUGGCUUCAAAGCCUUACCGUUGCUUCACUACGGUCAGUUUCACUUCUUCCCAAAGUUAAUAUAUGUCCCAACUCCCAAGUGUCCCGUGGACUUCUUUGGCGGCAAGUGAUGCCCCUUAGCCACUCUAGCACAAUCUCAAGUGCCGAAUGAUCUGCAAAGGAGAAGCUGCAGGCUACAACAUCCAGGAAACAUUUCUCUCAUACUUUCUAGAGAGAUUGUUGUGACUCUGCCAUGUAAUAACACUUUUAAUAAGCUAGAAGUGCUUGAUGAGGCGAUCAGAGAUUCUGCUGCUCUGAGUUGACGCCAGCCAACAGUAGUGCACCACAAUCAUUAUUUGCUGAUAAAAAUAGAUGCAAGCUUGGUGGUUAUGACUGCACUCUUUGAAGGUCUUCCCAAUGCUGUUGCCCUUAGGUGCAUUGCACGGGUUCCGUUCCACCUUCAUCCAAAGUUAGAGCUUGUUUCCCAUUCCUGGAGAGCUGCCAUUAGAAGUGCCGAACUAUUUAAAGCGAGAAAGGAGGUCAACUCGUCUGAAGAGUUUUUAUGUGUAUUUGCAUUUGAACCUGAAAACUUAUCACAGCUUUAUGAUCCUAUGCAUGACCGUUGGAUUACUCUCCCUAUUCUCCCCUCAAACAUCAGUCAUCUUGCUCGCUUCAGUGUCGCUUCUACUGCUGGAAAGCUGUUUGUUUUAGGCGGUGGCAGUGAUGCUGUGGAUCCAUUGACAGGUGACCAAGAUGGGAUUUUCGCGACUGAUGAGGUCUGGUCAUAUGACCCUGUAACACGUGUAUGGAAUCGGCGUGCAUCUAUGAUUUUCCCUCGUGCCAUGUUUGCUUGUUGCGUGUUGGAGGGGAAGAUAAUUGUUGCAGGGGGUUUUACUAACUACAGGAAAUCAAUAUGUAACGCGGAAAUCUAUGAUCCAGAAAAGGAUGUCUGGGUUCAAUUACCCGAUCUCCAUCACGCGCACAAUUCCGCAUGCUCAGGAGUGGUUGUUGGCGGUAAAGUUCAUGUCUUGCAUAAAGGUUUAUCGACUAUUCAGGUUUUGGAAAAUGUCAAGCAAGGUUGGACCGUUCACGAGUAUUCUUGGCUCCAGGGUCCAAUGACUGUCGUUAGGGAAAAGCUUUAUGUUAUGAGCAAUUGGUUCAUUUACAAGCAGGAAAAAGAAGUAAGAGAGAUGGUAGUUUCAGCAUCUGAGUUUCGUAGAAGAAUUGGGUUUGCUAUGAUAGGGCUUGGAGAUGAUAUUUAUAUAGUUGGAGGGGUUAAUGGACCGGAGCAUUGGAAUUGUAACAUCAAAGUGUUGUCUGAUGUUGAUGUAUUGACGCUUGGAAAUGAGAGGUUGGUGUGGCGUAAGGUUGCUCCAAUGACAAGGUGCAGAGGGACAAUCCUUGCCUGCACACAGCUGAGAAUUUAGGACAUGCAUAAUGUGGAUGAAAUUCAAUGCAGUGUUUUAGGGUAAGUGCUACAAUGAACAAUUGACAAUAAAACGGCUACUAGUUGUAGCACACAGCGUACUGGUGAAUAGGAAAAACGAAUUAAGAUUACUAAUGACGGAUGGAAGUUAGAGGGUGAACGUGUUAGGUGCCUUCUCUCCUUCGCCGUAGACUGAAUAUGAUGGGAAUCUUAUCUGAAACGACCUUUGUGAGCUGUCUCGGCUUAGCUAUUAGCUGUCUAAAAGCUAUGGGAAAUAAAAUCCCAUGCCAGAAACGCGGAAGAAACGAGAUGUUCAGCUUUCUUGCACCCUGCUUGCCUAAUGUGUAAAUCCUAUUGCUUUCAGCUGCUGAGUUCUUAGAGGAAUGAAGUUCAGUUCGUACUUUGAGAACUAUGAGAUUUUAACAUCUAUUUGCAUUUGCAUUAAUGAGCACUAUAGUGCUAAAUACUUGGUUACUUCAGUCCUGCUUUCGUUGCUUAAGGGGCAUUAUUUUGUCGACUG